AUGGCGGGACUCUGCUCCCAGCUGGCCGCGCUGCUGCUGCUGGUGGUGCUGCCGUCCCCAGCGCAUGGUGCUGAGGAGAGUCAAGACCAGCCAGUGUUCAGCCGUAUCACAGGGGGGCAGGAUGCCCAGGAGGGUCGAUGGCCCUGGCAGGUCAGUGUGCAGGAAUAUGAUGAUGAAAAACGUGAAUACCACCACAUCUGUGGAGGAUCCCUCAUCUCAGCCCAGUGGGUGGUGUCAGCCGCUCACUGCUUCAAUCGCUUUCUCCCUGACUCUGCGUAUUGCAUGAACCUGGGGGAGUACCAGCUCUCCAACCCAUCCCCCACCCGGAUCUUGUCCCCCGUGUAUGGCAUCUUCAGGCACCCCAACUACAACCAGAGCACGUUCUUCGCCGACAUCGCCCUGGUGCAGCUGACGGAACCUGUCAAUUUCACGGACACCAUCCGCCCCAUCUCCCUGCUGGGCCCCUCCACCCAGUUCCCAGCAGGGGAAAAGUGCUGGGUUACUGGUUGGGGCAAAACCGGGUCGGAGUGUAAAGAUACUCUUCAGCCACCCCGGACGCUUCAGAAGCUGCAAGUUCCUCUCGUCGAUGUGUCGACCUGCAGAGAGAACUUUGGGGAACAGAGCCACUGGAUCCAAGAUGACAUGCUGUGCGCUGGGUCCAGGGGCGACCCUAAUGGCCCCUGCAAGUUUGACUCAGGGGGGCCUCUGGUCUGUCCAAGGAACGGCAGCUUCGUCCUGACUGGGAUCAUCAGCUGGGGCAGAGACUCCCCACCCCCACUCCCAAGAGUGUACGUCCGGGUCCCAGUCUAUGUCAACUGGAUCCAGAAUGUCACGGGUGGCGAUGGCCUCUCGAUCGUCUCUCCUGCCGUACUCAGUGCUGGUACUACCCCAUUGCCGUCCCUAAGCAAUGGCUUAGUCUGCUCAUGCCUAGCGCUGGCACUGGCUGCACCGCUCAUUGCUGGGCUCCUGCUGACGGCCCUGUAACCUGCCCCAUGGGGGCUCCCACCCGUGCCA